GUGGAGCUAACGGACAGCGGGAAGUACGUCUGUGACUCAGGCUUUGAGAAAACCAGUGCCACCUUGAACGUCACAGAGCUGCCUAUUAAAUUCUCAAAAGAGCUUGGGGAAUUGUCGGUUGAGGAAGCCCACGAGGCUGAGCUGACGUGUGAAACAUCUCGUGGAGACACUCCAGUCGUGUGGCUCAAGGGUGACAAGAUCCUGAAAGCUGGAGCCAAGUAUCGCAUGGUGCGCGAGGGCAGGAAGGCCAGCCUCGUCAUCAGCUCAGUGGAGCUGGGAGACAGUGACCAGUACACGUGCGACUCUGGGAACUUCCAAACGUCUGCGAAACUCACUGUGACAGAGGCCCCUAUUCAUCUUGAGGAGCAACUCCAGGAUCAGGAGGGAGAGGAGCUCGGGAACAUCACGUUCAGCUGCCGCGUCUCGAAAGCUGGCAGUGAGGGUGGCAUGGAGGAAAGGAACUUCGCCGCUACAACCUGGCUCCAAAUACUCCAUUGGACAAACUGGACAUAUCCUUAAGCUCACGGUGUACAAUUUGCAGACAGGCGAUGCAGGAAAAUACGAAUGUGAGAUUGGGGAUGUUCUGAAAACAUCGGCAGUGCUCACAGUUAGAGAGGCUCCAGGCCUAAUUCGUGAGGCUCUUCAUGACCAGGAGGUAGAAGAGUUUAGAACAGCGACUCUCCACUGCCGCUUCUCCAAACUAGCAGAUAGAGUCACCUGGAAAAAGGACUCCUCAGCCCUGCACCCGAGUGACAAGUACGAGAUGACGCAGGAGGGCGGUAUGGCUACUCUUCUCAUCCACAACGUUCAGCUGGAAGAUGCUGGAAGCUACACGUGUGAGACCGAGAAAGAUCAGACCUCGGCGCUGCUCAUUGUGCAAGAGGCCCCAGUGCUGAUCUCUGAGGCUCUUGAGAACCAAGAGGUUGAAGAGUUUGAAACGGCCACUCUCAGCUGCCGCUUCUCAAAACCUCCACUGAAAGUCACCUGGAAGAAAGGUUCCACUGUCCUGCAGCCCAAUGCCGACCACGAGAUGAAGCAGGAACACGACGUGGCCACGCUCAUCAUCCACAAGGUGCAGCUGGACGACACCGGCGAGUACACCUGCGAAACAGGCAACGACAGGACUUCGGCAAUGCUGCUCGUACAAGAAGCCCCGGUGCUGAUCCGUGAAGCCCUCCGGGACCAGGAGGUUGAGGAGUUUGGGACGGCUACCCUCAGUUGCCGACUCUCAAAACCAGACGUGCCGGUUGCUUGGCAAAAAGGGUCCAAGCUGCUUCAUCCGAGCGCAAAGUACAACAUGGUCCAAAACGGGGACAUAGUUAGACUCGUCAUCUAUGACAUUGAAUUGGAGGAUGCUGGAGAUUACGAAUGUGACACUGGAGAUGAUAGAACAGUAGCUACUAUUUUGGUCACAGAGGCCCCGGUGCUGAUUACCCGAGGCCCUUCGGGACCAGGAGGUUGAAGAGAGUGGCACUGCAACUCUCCUGCUGCCGCUUCUCAAAGCCAGCAGUGAGGGUCACCUGGAGGAAGGACUCCUCAGUCCUGCACCCGAGUGACAAGUAUGAGAUGAAACUGGAGGGAGACCUGGCCACUCUUGUUAUCCACAAUGUACAGCUGGACGACACUGGGAGCUACGUUUGUGAGACGGAGAAUGAUCAGACCUCGGCAAUGAUGACAGUACAAGAGAAGCCAGUGGUGUUCACCAAGGGCCUGCAAGAUCUAACAGAAGAGGAACUCGGAGAUGCUGCGUUUGUGUGCGAGGUGUCCAAAGAAGGGGCUUCAGUAACAUGGCUGAAAAAUGGUGGGGUGCUUUACCCUGGAGCAAAGUGUGAGAUGAGUCAGGAUGGAAGAGCAGCCAGACUCAUCCUGCAUCACUUGGGCCUGCACGACGCUGGGCAGUACACCUGUGACACUGGCCACGAUGUCACCACCGCCACGCUCAAUGUCACAGAGCGAGACAUCCACAUUGUGAGGGGCCUGCAGGACUGUGAGGUGUUUGAGAACAACUCGGCCACGUUCUCCUGCGAGAUCUCCCACGCUGAUGUGCAGGAGGUGGAGUGGUGGCUGGAUCAGAGCUGGCUGUAUCAUAACGAGUUUAAUAAAAUCAGUGUGGACGGAGGGAAAACACACGUCCUUACCCUCAAUAACCUCACCCUGCAGGACGGCGGCUGUGUUACCUUCAAGGCAGGGAAACAGACGUCCUCAGCAAAUUUGUCCAUUAAGGCGGUACCAGUGAAGUUUGUGAAGCGACUAGAGGAUGUAGAUUGUGUGGAGAAUGGAGAAGCAGAAUUUGUGUGUGAGGUGUCCGAGCUGAGCGCUCCGGUCACAUGGCACAGGCGCGAUAAACAGCUGAGCCCUUCUCAGAAGUACGUGAUACACAGAGACGGAGCGGUCGUGAGUCUCGUUGUCACAAAGCUGCAGCCAGAAGACGCGGGGGCGUACACUUGUGAUGCAGGAAGAUGAUGCCACCUCUGCCAAACUCCACGUUCAAGAGGCUCCGGUGUUGAUCUCUGAGGCCCUUCAGGACCAGGAGGUUGAAGAGAGUGGCACUGCGACUCUCCGCUGCCGCUUCUCAAAGCCAGCAGCGAGGGUCACCUGGAGGAAGGACUCCUCAGUCCUGCACCCGAGUGACAAGUAUGAGAUGAAGCUGGAGGGUAACGUGGCCACUCUUGCUAUCCACAACGUGCAGCUACAGGAUGCUGGGAGCUACGAGUGUGAGACGGAGAAUGAUAGGACAUGUGCAUCACUGAUUGUUAAAGCUCCAAAUGAAGUUGCCAUGCCAACCCAGGAGGAGCAGCUGCCACAGGAGGCUGUGUUGUCUGCCAUAAUGGAGAAGCCAGUGGUGUUCACCAAGGGCCUACAGGAUCUGACAGAAGAGGAACUCGGAGACGCUGUGUUUGUGUGCGAGGUGUCCAAAGAAGAGUGCCCCAGUCACGUGGCUGCAACAUGGUGGGGUGCUUUACCCUGGAGCAAAGUGUGAGAUGAGUCAGGAUGGAAGAGCGGCCAGACUGGUCCUGCAUCACUUGGGCCUGCACGACGCUGGGCAGUACUCCUGUGACACUGGCCACGAUGUCACCACCGCCAGGCUCAAUGUCACAGAGCGAGACAUCCGCAUUGUGAGAGGCCUGGAGGACUGUGAGGUGUUUGAGAACAACUCGGCCACGUUCUCCUGCGAGAUCUCCCACGCUGAUGUGCAGGAGGUGGAGUGGUGGCUGGAUCAGAGCCGGCUGUAUCAUAACGAGUUUAAUGAAAUCAGUGUGGACGGAGGGAAAACACAUGUCCUUACCCUCAACAACCUCACCCUGCAGGACGGCGGCUGUGUUACCUUCAAGGCAGGAAAACAGACAUCCUCAGCGAACUUGUCCAUUAAGGUGGUACCAGUGAAGUUUGUGAAGCGACUAGAGGAUGUAGAUUGUGUGGAGGAUGGAGAAGCAGAAUUUGUGUGUGAGGUGUCCCAGCCCAGCGCUCCGGUCACAUGGCACAGGGGCGAUAGACAGCUGAGCCCUUCUCAGAAGUACGUAAUGCACAGAGACGGAGCGGUCGUGAGUCUCGUUGUCACAAAACUGCAGCCAGAAGACGCAGGGGCGUACACUUGUGAUGCAGGACAUGAAGCCACGUCUGCUAAUCUCUGUGUUCAAGAGGCCCCGGUGCUGAUCUCCGAGGCCCUUCGGGACCAGGAGGUUGAAGAGAGUGGAACUGCGACUCUCCGCUGCCGCUUCUCAAAGCCAGCAGCGAGGGUCACCUGGAGGAAGGACUCCUCAGUCCUGCACCCGAGUGACAAGUAUGAGAUGAAGCUGGAGGGUAACCUGGCCACUCUUGUUAUCCUUAAUGUUCAACCGGAGGAUGCUGGGAGCUACAACUGCGAGACAGAGAACGAUCAGACUUCUGGAAUGCUUAGAGUUCAAGAGACCCCAGUGCUGAUCUCUGAGGUCCUUCAGGACCAGGAGGUUGAAGAGAGUGGAACUGCGACUCUCCGCUGUCGCUUCUCAAAGCCAGCAGCGAGGGUCACCUGGAGGAAGGACUCCUCAGUCCUGCACCCGAGUGACAAGUAUGAGAUGAAGCUGGAGGGAAACAUGGCCAUUCCUUCUCAUCCACAACGUACAGCUGGAGGAUGCUGGGAAGCUACGAGUGCGAGACAGAAAAUGAUCGGAACUUUUGCAAUGUUGAAAAUAACAGGCUGA